AUCGCAAUCCAGAGCCAUGCAUGUCCAAUCGCUGCCUAUGUGGACCGGGAAGGGCAACAACUAUGCCUACCUGGUGACGGACGAGCCGACGAAGCAGUCGGUCAUCAUCGAUCCUGCUAACCCGCCUGAGGUCGUCCCAGAACUCGAGGCCCAAACAAAAGCAGGAAAGAUUAAUCUCACGGCUAUUGUAAACACGCACCACCACUGGGAUCAUGCAGGUGGUAACAACGAGGUUUUGAAGACCUUUAAGGUGCCCGUUAUUGGCGGAAAAGACUGUCAGUCCGUCACGAAGACUCCAGCUCAUGGCGAGGUCUUUAAGAUCGGAGACCGGAUCUCCGUGACGGCGUUGCAUACGCCUUGCCAUACGCAGGAUAGCAUUUGCUAUUUUAUGCAGGAUGGCGAGCAGAAAGCUGUUUUCACAGGGGAUACACUUUUCAUUGGCGGAUGCGGGCGGUUCUUCGAGGGUACGGCGCCGGAGAUGCACAAGGCGCUGAAUGAGACUCUGGCCUCGCUUCCAGAGGAUACGAAGGUCUAUCCUGGACACGAGUACACCAAAGGCAACGUGAAGUUUUGCCUCGCUGUGUCACAGUCCGAACCCGUCAAGAAGCUGCAAGCAUUUGCGGAGGCAAACCAACAGACGCAGGGCAUGUUCACAAUUGGCGAUGAGAAGCUUCAUAAUGUCUUUAUGCGAGUCACGGACCCCGAGAUUCAGAAGAAAACAGGCAAGACCGAUCCCGUCGAGGUCAUGGCUGCUCUGCGCGAGAUGAAGAAUGCCAUGUAAAGCUCACAUACUACUGCUACUAGCUUUUGACUGUACUUGAGCAUAAAAUAAAGAAUGAAAUAAAGAAUGAAUUUUAUUGUACGUAGC